UGGGGAAGAAAAAGCAUAGCGGCCGAGAAGUUUUGGGCUGUCAGGCUGCAGCAGCUGUCAUUGGAACACUUGAUUCACAACACAUUUUCGUUACCAAAGUGGAAGCCAGAGAGGCUGGAUGGGCAAUAUUAACAGAAGCCAUGCUUGAGCGGCUGAACAAGUAGUGAAGGAGCCAGCCAGCAAUCAUGUUGAGGCAGGGCGGCCUUGAACUCGGUGAGCGUGCUCUUGCUGAGUGUGCUUCUAUUUGUGGAGUUGCUGGUGCCUUGUUGAGGAAAACAUAGAAAAUACAUCUGGAAACAACACUUCAGUGAAUUUAAGUCAAAAUGACUACCAAAAUCAUCCGAAAGACCCUCGAAGAAGCCAAGGACCUUCCCUUUGCGGAGCUGGACUUCAGUGAUAAGAAUCUGGUCCAUUUGGAAGACAUGACUAGGAUGUGGGACAUGAACAACAUCACCAGACUCACUUUGGCACACAACAAGCUUACUGAAAUUCCCUCCAAUAUCGCUUAUCUAGUCAACUUGGAGAUAUUGAAUGUGUUUAACAACGACUUGGUCGACGUUCCAGAUCUAUGGAAACUAAAGAAACUCAGAAUCUUAAACUUGGGAAUGAACCAACUCCAUAACUUCAAGGUGCCCACGGGUUCCAAUCUGUUCCCAAUGAUGGAAAUUUUGGACCUUUCUUACAAUAACUUGACCGAUGAAACAUUCACAGAAGGGUUCUUUACAAUCGAAUCACUGAGGGCUUUAUAUCUAAGUGACAACGAGCUGGAAUAUCUUCCUCCUCAAAUCAAACAACUUUUCAACCUGCGGAUCUUAGCCCUCCGCGACAACCAGCUGGCCGAUGUUCCCCAAGAAAUCGGAGAACUGUCGAAUCUACGCGAGCUUCAUCUCCAGGGUAAUCGCCUUCAAGUGCUUCCUCCGCAAAUUGGGCACAUGGACUUCCUCAGCCCAAGAGCCAUCCUAAAAUUGGAUAGUAACCCAUGGGUGCCUCCCAUUGAAGAUCAAUUGGUCUUAGGUGUGAGUCAUGUCAUUGAAUAUGUUCGAUCGGAUACGUACCGGUACCUAUUUGGCCGGCAUAUGCAAGCCAAUGUGCCUCCUCCAGAAAAGUCUGAGCGUGGAUCAAGACGUCUAACGCGGAAGAACUCCAAGGCCUCUCUGAAUGGUCGUUAAACGUGGCCUUUGAAACAUGUACAGAAAUCUCUAUGGUGCUACAACUGCCUCCAAUCCAGACAACUUUGCAGCUUUCAGUAAACUGGCAGUAAACCUAACCCCAACGCAACUGUUCACAAUCUUACAAAUUCGAAACAGUUUUGAUAUGAUUAUAUUUAACUCGAGAUCUAAAACCACGCAUGUAUUAAUAUUAAUGUUUAUAAUAACGUUGUUAACAAUGAAAAAAGAACCAAGUAAAAAUCAACGUGAGA